UUUAACCCGCUGCAUUGUGGGUGUUCUGACAGUCGAACAUGGCGUCUGGCAUCCUUGUCCGGUGUGUCCGUGGAGCACGAACGCUUUACAACCCCACGCUGAACUUGAGCCGGGGUAGCGGGGGAGUAUGGACUGCGGUUGGGGUGGCCCCCGUGGUCGUCCGUCGGGACUUCUCGCAGCUGUGUGUCGGACAGGCACCGGGAAAAGUGCAGGCCCCGGUGUGUGUGCAGAUACGGCAGUUCGCUAAUGUCCCUCCGGUGUCGCUGGAGAGCAUCCAGGAGCGAGUGUUCCAAGUUCUGAAGCUCUACGACAAGAUCAACGCUGAGAAGCUCCAGGUGACGUCUCACUUCAUGAAGGAUCUGGGAUUGGACAGCCUGGACCAGGUGGAAAUCGUCAUGGCGAUGGAAGAUGAGUUUGGUUUUGAGAUCCCUGACGUGGAGGCAGAGAAGUUGAUGUGUCCUCAGGACAUCGUUAAGUACGUGGCCAAGAAGCAUGAAGAGCACUAACGAGGGCCCGCCUGUAAGCAACGGCUCCGUGGUCCACAGGAAGUAUGCCAGGAGGACAUCUGGUUGUUGAUUUGACUUCAGAUACACACAAACCUGUUAGAGUAAAUAAUUGUAUAAAUAUAAAUUAAUUAAUAAAUGAGGUAAAGAGUUUGUUAAACAGAGUGUGUGUGUGUGUGUGUGUGUGUGUGUGUCUGUGUGUGUGUGUGUGUGUGUGUGUGUGUGUGUGUGUGUGUGUGUUCAGUUCAGCGGAAUCCCAGCUGCAUCUCUGAUGGUGUUCUGGGCUCUCUGUCCGGAGGUGUGUGUGUGUGUGUGUGUGUGUGUGAGUGAGAGAGUUCUUGAGGGUUCUGCUCUGUCUGUAGUUGUGUGUGUGAGUGUGUGUGUGAGUGGAGUUGUGCACUGCUUCUCGGCUCAUCCAGGAUGCUUGUCCACUGUUCUCUCUGAAGAAUGCGUCACUAGUAGGCAGAUAGUGAGAUCUUGGGGUUCUUAUCUUCCACACGUGUCUGCUGUCACCGUUCUGUUCUCAGAGGAACGCUGUCACCGUUCUGUUCUCAGAGGAACGCGUCUUUGUUGUUCUGCUCUCUGAAGAACACGUCUUUGUUCUGUUCUCUGAACAGCGUGUCGCUGCUGUUCUGUUCUCUGAGGAACGUGGUCACCGUUGCUUUGUUUGAGGAACGUGUGUCCGUGGACUCAGAACGUGCUCACCGUUGUUGUGCUCUCUGUGGCCUCAGUGGUGCUGUAGCUGCAGUUCGGUUCUGACGGUAGCAGGUCCGUAACAUGCCUGCAAUCUGCAGCACUUCUGCUGUUCUGUCUGGAUCGGCUCGGUUCGGUUCUGACGGUAGCAGGUCCGUAACAUGACUGCAGUCUGCAGCACGUCUGCUGUUCUGUUUGGAUCGGCUCGCUUCGGUUCCGUUCGAGAUUUAUCGCAGAACCCACCAGUACUGUUCUGGUAGACAGCAAGCCGAACAUAGCCGUGUGUGUGUGUGUGUGUGUGUGUGUGUGUGUGUGUUCGUGUUCACUGUUCAGAGUGAUGUUUAUUCUGGCCUAAGAUGAGAGGAUUGUUGGAAGUGUCAUACUUGAUUAAAUUAAACAAAAAUCUGUUAUGAAUCCCAAA